GGGAAAAGGCCUCGGGAGCAACAUGGCGGUUGGGCAGAGAGAAAUUGUAUGAGACUCAGGGGAUCUAACUUGGAGCGUGAAAGCUUCCGAUGAAGUCUCCCACAGAAGACUGUGUCUUAUUGAUGCCAUGGCAUUAGAUGUGCACUUCACCACAUUUAAGGAGUUCAGUCCCUUAUCUUACCUACUGAAUGCUAUCCCAACAAAAGUACAGAAGGGGUUUAGAAAUGUUCUCGUCCAUCUCACAGCACUUGAUGCCAAUAAAGACUACAUUGCAGUGGGCAGUAAUAUCGGUAUGCUUUAUCUCUACUGCAGACGGCUGAACAAGAUGACAAAAUAUAAUCUAGAGGGUAAAACUGAUACUAUUAGAGUGGUGAAAUUGUUGGCUUGUUUUGAUGACCUUGUUGCUGUUGGGACAUCUUCAGGAAGGGUAGUACUUUUCCAGCUCGUUUCACCAUUGCCUGGAAGAAACAAGCAGUUGCGUCGAUUUGAUGUCUGUAUUCACAAAAGUAAUAUUACAGCACUAGCUUGGAGCACUAAUGGAAUGAAACUGUUCUCUGGGGAUGAUCAAGGCAAAGUAGUCUAUGCUGCUGUGGAUUUGGACCAGGGUGUUUGUAGUCCCAGAGUGAUAUUAGAAGAGUCAUCUCCUAUAGUACAGUUAGACUACACUCAAAAAGUACUACUGGUUUCAACUUACUUGCGUUCUGUUCUUAUAUAUACUGAGCAGAACAUUAUCAAACAGGUUGGAACCCAGCCAAGGAAAAGUGCUGGCAGAUUUGGAGCCUGUUUCCUACCAGGACUCUGUAAACAAACUAAUGUGAAUUUAUAUGCUUCAAGACCUGGACUUCGACUGUGGAAAUCAGAUGUUCAAGGGGUUGUUCAGUCAACACUCCUUUUAAAAAGUGUAUUUACUUGUGGAGUGAAGCCAUUUGAACUGUUACCUCGAGUGAGUUUGUCAGCUGCAAAUAAAGUUGUUAUUAAACCAACUGAGAGAAACUUUGGGCUGUUGAAGUGCUUUCUGCACGAAGGAUGGGUGCUGAGCUGGAAUAAGACCAGUAUUUACGUCUUGGACGCAGUUAACCAGGCUCUGAUUGGUGGACUUGAAGGGCUCAGUGGCAUUGUGUCUGUUUCCUGUACAGAAGAUGAAAUUUUCAUGUUGACUGAUGACCGUGAUAUAAUUCGAAUUUCCAGCCAACCAGAAUGUUUCAAGUUAAUGGGAGUGCAAUCACAAUUAAACUCCCCACUGGCAGUCAACCUCAGGGAAUCUGUUCAAGAAACAGUGAUUGCAACAGACUCAAAAGAAAUGCAAAGUGAAAAUAAAACUUCAGGAACUGAUAAGUUUGAAGCACGUCAUUUGUUGUCUUCAGAACUUGAGCCAAAUUUGAGUUCAAAAAACGAAAUGGAAAUACAUCCCUUGGAUGAGACAGGUCAACGAAGAUACUUGGAAACAAGUGAGUCGAGGAGCAGAAGUAGUUCUACAAACAGUGCUAUUAGUGUUUUUGGCCAUAUAACAACUCCAGAACAGCAGAUAGGAGCAAUUUCCUCACCUGUGGGAUUAACAAAGAUUUCAGAUUCUGCAGAAAGAUUCAAAGCAAUGAACAUGGAAGAAUUCAACCAACAGCUCAUUGUUGUUCCUGUAAAAAAGAAGAAGAAACGGAAACAAGCAAGUUCUGGAUCAGAAGGCAGUCUUGUAAAGCAUGAAAUUGACUGUUCCAAUAGCUCCCAAAGUUCAGAGCCAGCACUUUUGAGUGAUUUUGCUAUUGAUGGCUCCAUUACUACAACUUGUGACUUAUCUGAUCAAAUGAGUUUGUUGAGCAGCAGUCUGGACCACUUGACCACUGAUUUUUCUGAACAAGGGAGCCAGAUUGGUACAGAAUUGGAUAUUAUUUUGCAAGAGGAGAAUAAUUCUAACCUUUUUGACUCCAUACAAUCUCCUGAAUGCAGAUUAACAUCACAGGAUGAUCAUCUCCCAUUGGACAGUUUGGCAGAAUCUUUGAAGACAACAAGUACAAUGAAUGAAAAUACAUGUUCGUCUGAUCUACUUUUUGCAGAAUGUUUAAACACUGUACCUUCUGUCAAAUUAGAAACUUUAGACAAUUCCUGCAAUAAAAGUGAAGAUUGCAGAGCUGAGGUUUCAGUAUCAAAUUCUGAACCAGUACUUAGACAGCAAGAAAAUUUAGGUAGCACUAUGUUUGAAGUGAUUUGCAACUGUGAACCUUUGGAGUUAAGAUCUCAAGGUACAGAAAAAUCUGUGGUGUCUGGUGGCCUAAAUUUGCAAGGAUCUUUAAGUGAAAGCUCAGAGUCUUUCUUGGAUGAGCGACAUGCACUACUGAUGAGAAUUCUUUCACCUGACAAAGAUCACAAGAAACAGGAAACCAAUGCAUUUUCACAGUUAUGUGCGUCAUAUAAUGAACCCAAUUUAUCAGACACAACUGAAACUCCACAAUCUUUAGAAACUGUUUGUUCAUUUGAUAAUGGUGGCACUGAAAAAAAGAAUGUCCAAGAACAACUUUCAUCAUCCAGUGAUGAUGAUGAGGAUAUUUAUGGCCACGGAGGACCUCAUCCAUUAUCCGAAAGCAAUGUGACGGAACAUGUUCUCACUUCCGAUGCUGACAAAUCACAGGGUUCAGUUUUUCAAGAUCUGAAUGCUUCUGUUUCAGAUGAAAUGGAGCUUUUAAAAUCCGAUCAGUUUGCUGAGAGCUGGAUGGGUUACACUGGCCCAGGUUAUAGCAUCGUCAGCCUUGUAGUCUCCGAGAAGCAUGUCUGGUGUUUAGAUUACAAGGGUGGACUAUACUGUAGCCCUUUUCAUGGUACAAGUUUGCGGUGGCAGAAAUUUGAGGAUGGUGUGCAACAGGUGGCAGUAUCACCAUCAGGUGUGCUGUUGUGGAAGAUUGAACAAAAAUCAAGCAAAGCUUUUGCCUGUGGUAAGGUGACAAUGAAAGGGAAGAGGCAUUGGUAUGAGGCUUUACCAAAUGCUGCAUAUGUUGCUUUAAGUGAUGACACUGCAUGGAUCAUCCAAACCAAUGGAGAACUCUUUCUACAAACAGGCCUUAGUGCCGAUCGACCUUGUGCGAGAGCAGUGAAGGUGGAAUGCCCAUAUCCAUUAGUGCAAAUUGCUUCCAGGAAUAAUGUGGUAUGGGCAUUGACAGAACAGCGAACAGCUCUCUUCAGGAAUGGCAUAAGCAGUUUUUGUCCAGAGGGUGAACAUUGGAUUUCUGAUAUUGUAAGUGAAAGGCAGAUGUUAGAGUUGGUGUGUAUAGCAUUGGGACACCAGCAAACAGUCUGGGCUUUGGACACAAAUGGCAACCUCUGGUUCCGCACUGGCAUCUCUUCAAGGAAACCACAAGGUGAAGAUGAGCACUGGUGGCAGGUGAGCAUAACGGAUUAUGUGGUCUUUGAUCAGUGCAACAUGUUCCAAACAAUAAUCCAUGCAACACAUACCGUUGCCACAGUUGCUCACGCUCCAGUCGAAAAAGUAGCAGACAAGCUGCGAGGUGCCUUAUGGUCGCAACAACCUCCACUUCAGCCAAGUCUCAUCAGUGUUAACAGCAGUGGUGUGUGGAUUACCUCAGGGAAGAAUGAGUUGCAUGUGGCAAAGGGAAAUCUAUUAGCAACAUAUUGGAAGACAGUUGUGCCUCGAGGGACUGUAUCAGCUACAAAGUGGGCUUUUGUCCUGGCUUCCAUGGCCCCUACUAAAAAAGGAAGUUUUCUGUGGCUGGGACAAAGCAACAAGGACCUCUUCUGCAUCAGUGACCAAAAUCCUGAGUUUCGGCCCUCGACUGUACAGUUACCACCUGAUGUCGAGAUGGUGCAGUUUUCUGCCAGCCAUGAUGCAGUAUGGGGCCUGGACUUACAGGGUAAAAUUCAUAUUAGGACAUUGUCAGAAAACUGUCCAAGUGGGAUGCACUGGACCAAACUGGAUCUUACACAGUUAGGAAGUAUAAAACUAUCAAGCUUAGCAUGUGGAGGGCAGCACGUAUGGGCUUGUGAUGUUGAUGGAAGUAUUUACUUCCGGAUGGGGACACAGCCAUUGAACCCCAGCAUGAUGCUUCCUGCUUGGAUAACCAUUGAGCCACCAGAACAGCCAUUAGGAACACAACUGAUCAGCAUUUAUUCCAGCCCCAAUGACCAGAUGGUUUGGGCAGUUGAUAGUCGGGGCAACGUGCAUGUGCGACUUGGAAUAACAGAGGCAAUGCCUGUAGGCACUGAGUGGGAACAUGUGCCAGGUUUACAGGCAAGUCAAUUAGGUGUGAGCUAUAGAACAGUGUGGGUACGUUGUUCUAAUGGAGAUGUAGCACGCCGUUAUGGAAUAACUAACAAAAACCCAGCAGGCGAUUAUUGGAAAAAGAUUCCUGGUAAUGUGAUUUGCUUGACAGUUACACCUCAUGAUGAACUGUGGGCUAUUAGCACUGGAGGCUCGCUUCUUCAACGACUUACCAAGAAUUUUAAUCAUACUGAUGCACUAACUAAUCCUAACCGUAUUGCUCUUUUGGGUCAAUCUGAGGACUUUGAUGAUGAGUGGGUGGUCAUCUGAAAGUGAAAGAACGUGCAGCAUUUCUUAGAUCAUGUAAUCAAGCCAUGAAUAUUAUCUUACCUUUAAGUCACUGCAGAUUCUUAAUCCCAUUAGGGUUAACAGUUGCAUUCAGAUAAACAUUUUGUACAAAUUUCUUUGUGGUUACAGUAUAAAUGUAGCUAAUGCAUCUUUUGUGACUGUGCUAGUAUUGGAAUACAAACAGGUAUGUCAUUCAGCAAAGAAGCUAAAGGAUUUGAAAUGCUACCUUCUAACUGAUAGCUGUGUCUGAGUAUGUUUUUACUACCUAAACCACAUUUGGACUGGUUUUCUGUUACCAUUCACUUACCAUGUAGCAAUCUCUGAGUUGUAGAUUUUGUGUGGAUGUUUGAGAUACACACAUACCAAAUGUUUUGUUAAUUUAUAUACACUGGACAUUAAACACAUCAGGAACAACAAACUUGUACAGCCAAUAGCAUUAAGAGCAGAAGAGUGCUCAUUUUAUAUUUUGAGAAGAAUGAUUUGUGGCUAUAGUUAGGUUAUUGAUUUUUCCUGUUGUUACCACUUCCUGCUUCAGCUAGGAGCAGAAAUAUCCUUGAAUGAGUAAUGUCACUGCUUACACAUGCUUAUAAAUGAUUAAAAAAAAGUAUAUUUUUUGCAGCGGUGGAAUGGUGUUGUCAGAGAUUUAACCACAUUCAAAGCAACACUGGCCAAUUUGACUGGUGAAUGCGACCAGUACUUAAUUCCAAUGGAAGUUGAGAUUCAAGCUAAUCUUUAAUUCCUGUGACUGGAGGAAUCUCCAGCUAAAAAUGCUUCAGAAAAUGUAUAGUAUCGUAUAAUAGUAUAAAGUGAGCCCGAAAUGGUUUUUGUUUUAGUGUAUUAUUAUUUAACGUGCUUUUAACUGUCAAUUAUUGUAGAUUUGUCUGAAAGACUUCAUUAAUACGAAUUGUAGGUGACUAAGCAGAGCAUUACCAAAAUAUGCAUCUAUCUUAAAGCCUUGUGGAUGCAAGUUUUAAAUAGUUUAGAAUUUAUUAUCAGCUGAUUGUGCUACCUUCCAAGUAAAAGCCUUACCAAUAUCUUGUUGACUGUAACUUGUAUAUGUGCACAACUGCAAUUGUAAUUUCAAGUUCGAUUGCUAUUUAGCAAUUUUUUUAUUCCCUUUAACAACUGACAAGUUUGUUCUGAUCAAAUAUAACCAAAUGUCAUUAGUGAUGCAUUUGUGCAGAGGAAAGAACAAUGUUUACACUUGCCAGAUAUAUUAAUCAGACUGUUGUAUAUAGAUUACAUACAGCUUUGGGUCAAUUCUGGACGUUUAGUCUGUUGGUUCUUGCACUUUGAACUUUUCUAAAGAUAUCUUGUGAAAAUCAGAUACUCUAGAACUUGUGGUAACUUAGCUGUCAGAAAGUAAUGGAUUUUAUUAAUUGUACAGUAUAUUGUGUUCCUAUUAGGUUGAAGUGAUGACUAGCAUUAUUAGUUUAGAUCCAGGAGUCCAUGAAUGACAAUUAAUUUUCUUCUGUGUAAACAACUGAAAAUGUGAAAUGAAAAUAGUUUCACACAAUGGAAGGUCAUAUAUCCCAGUAACAAAUUUUUGUUUAAAAAGCUAACUGAAGCUUUAGCAACUAGUUAUCUGAAUAUUGGUAGCACAUUGUGAAACAUAAACUUUAUUAUGAAAUCAUUUUGUUUGUCUAUCGACUUAAAUCGUUUAAUCUACUAAUGGAGUGAUAUGUUAUGUAGAGAUACAUGGCAAUUCCAGCUAAUGAGCUGAAAAAUUAAAUAUGAUUUUUUUAAAAUCAAGAAAUGGGUGUUGCAGUGGAAAUCCAGACAGCCCAGUCUCCCAGUCUUUGAAUUCAUCCCAGUCUUUGAAUUCAUCCCAAACAAAUAAUAUUGAAAUUUUUUUUUAAAAACCAACCAUAAAGGUGCAUCUUGAAAUUAGCUUCUAUAGUGUCAUAUCCACUGUGUUUACAGUUCUGCAGCAAAAAUCUGUAUAAUUGAGCAAAACCUUCUGCAUCACAAAUCGACAAUAUUCAUUGUUGGGGAAAAGAAGUCUUCAUUUGAUCCCCUUGACAGUGCUGUGUCCUGCAAAUAAUAGUUGAUCAUUGAAGCUCAAGUGCUACAAAUGGAAGUAUUCCAUUGCACAAACUGUCAUCCCUGACUUUGUUACACAGAAAACAAUGUAAAUGUAGUGUGAAAUGAGAGAUAUUGAAUUCUCACUUUCCCUUUUCUAAAUGCAAUAGUGAAAUUAAGUGUAAAAGUCUUGACAGAUGUCAAGAAAAUAGUUUGCAAAUGUAAACAACUACUCAUUUGUUUAGGCCAGCAAAGUUUACAAAGUUACAAUUUUGUUUAUAAAAGUAAGCAAUUUAAUUUGCUUUUCUUAAAAAAUUGAAUCACUUAAUAUAAUUUUCACUUUUUGAACAAAUGCCUAAUAAUUGUUACUCUUUCAGUGUUUUUAAUUUUAAAAUGUUUUAAAGCUGUUUAAUAAACAUGCCUCUGUAGUAAUACAUUGAGUUGAAUUCAGUGUGAUUGUUUCCCCAGUGAUGGUUAUGGUACUUGUUUGAGAAAGUAACUUUAAUAUUUUCAAAGGAAUGCAUGCAUAUAUGUGACAUUGCAGCUUAGCUUGAUUGUGGUCUUUUUGAUGUCAAUCAAAACUUUUACAGAGUGGAAAGAUUAAAGUGUAAAUCAUACAUUAAUUGAACAGUAAAUUGAAAGACUGUUGGCUGACUGACUAUAUGAAUUUACUGGAAAGAGCUCUGGUGGUAUUCAAGCUACAUUGUAUCCAGAAGAAUAUUACGUGCCUGCUCCUGUAAUGUAUAUUUAACUAUUUAUGACAGGUUUCUAAUGAUACCUAACAAAACUUAAAAAUGUUUAUAGUGUUUCACAUUACACAUCAAAGCUGGUACUAUUGCUUUAUUAUUCCCUGUAUAUGAUUGCAUAACCUUUAACAAAA